GGAACCUGAAGACCAUUCUGUCCCUGGGCAAACUGGCUUUUCAGCAACUGGAGAAGGGCAAUCUGAUCUUUUAUGAGGAGGACCUCAGAGAGUCUGGCAUUGAUGUCACAGAAGCAUCAGUGCACUCAGGGAUGUGUACCCAGAUCUUCAGAGAGGAGGCUGGGCUGUACCAGGGGAAGGUGUUCUGCUUUGUUCAUCUGAGUAUUCAGGAGUUUCUAGCAGCUUUAUAUGUGUUUUUGCACUUUAGCAAGAGAGAAAGCAAUAUGCCUGACCAAAACAAAACCUCUCAGCUUCAUUCACUGCUCAGUGCUAACACACUUCAUGACCUACACCAGACUGCAGUGGACCUGGCCUUAAGGAAUGAGAAUGGACACCUGGACCUUUUCCUGAGGUUUCUUCUGGGCCUCUCACUGGAGUCCAAUCAGAAACUCUUACAAGACCUGCUGCCACAGACAGGGAGCAGCUCACUGAACACAGAGGAAACAGUCAAAUACAUCAAGCAGAAGAUCAGAGAAGACCCCAACCCAGAGAGAUGCAUCAAUCUGUUCCACUGUCUGAAUGAACUGAAUGACCACUCACUGGUGGAGGAGGUCAAGGGCUACUUGAGGAAGGGAAAAGACACCAGACAGAAACUCUCUCUUUCCCAGCUGUCAGCUCUUGCCUUUGUGCUGCUGAUGUCAGACCAGGAACUGGAGGAGUUUGACAUGGAGGAUUAUGGGAGAGGGGGUUCACCUGCCAGAUCAGAUGCAGGUCUGCUGAGGAUGCUGCCCGUGGUCAAAGCAUCAAGAAAAGUGACGCUGAGGGAUUGUGACCUCACAGUGAAGAGCUGUGCAGCUUUAUCUUCAGCUCUCAGCUCAAACUCUUCCAGUCUGAGACAGCUGCACCUGAGUGGUAAUUAUCUGGGAGAUUCAGGAGUGGAGCUGCUUUCUACUGGUCUGGAGCAUCCAAACUGUAGACUGGAGGAACUGGAGCUGAGGCAUUGUUACAUCACAGAGAAGAGCUGUGCAGCUUUAUCUUCAGCUCUCAGCUCAAACUCUUCCAGUCUGAGACAGCUGCACCUGAGUGGCAAUAAUCUGCUGGGAGAUUCAGGAGUGGAGCUGCUUUCUACUGGUCUGGAGCAUCCAAACUGUAGACUGGAGAAACUGGACCUGAGGGGUUGUAACCUCACAGAGAAGAGCUGUGCAGCUUUAUCUUCAGCUCUCAGCUCAAACUCUUCCAGUCUGAGACAGCUGGACCUGAGUGACAAUAAUCUAGGAGAUUCAGGAGUGGAGCUGCUUUCUACUGGUCUGGCGCAUCCAAACUGUAGACUGGAGGAACUACAGCUGAUGGAUUGUAAACUCAAAGAGAAGAGCUGUGCAGCUUUAUCUUCAGCUCUCAGCUCAAACUCUUCCAGUCUGAGACAGCUGCACCUGAGAUCCAAUAAUCUGGGAGAUUCAGGAGUGGAGCUGCUUUCUACUGGUCUGGAGCAUCCAAACUGCAGACUGGAGGAACUAGAGCUGUGGCGCUCUGGCCUUACAGUGAGGAGCUGCUCAUCUUUAGCUUCAGCUCUGAGAUCAGACUCCUCCAGUCUGAGAGAGCUGGACCUGAAAUUAAACAACCUGCAGCAGUCUGAUGUGGAGCUGCUUUCUGCUCUACAGAAAGAUCCUAAAUAUAAGCUGACUGAACUAAAGUAUUAACUGGGCAGCCAUCAAUCAUCCAUUAG